AUGGCUUCACUGACUGGGGCCGAACCCCAACCCCACUCCGUGCUUGUUCCCAUUCCGCCGCAGGGCCACAUCACCCCGUUCCUACGCCUGGCCACCCUCCUCCUCGCUCGCGGCUUCCGCGUCACCUUCGUCCUCACCGAGUACAACGCCCGCCACUUGGCCCGGUCUCGGGGCCACGACUGGGCAGCCACUGGUGGCCCAUCAUUCCGCGUUGAGGCCAUCCCCGACGAUCUCCCUCUGCCGCCUUCAGACAAGCAAGACAUCACGCAGGACAUCCUGUCAGUGUGCUUGUCCGUGCGCUCCACAUGCCUCGCCCCCUUUAGGGACCUCAUGGUCGGCCUCGGCCGCGCGCCAGACGUGUCGCCGGUGACAAGAAUCAUCUCCAACGAAGGGAUGGGGUUCACAGUCGAUGAGGGCUUUGGCAUGCUCGUGUUCUUCUUCUUCACGCAUAGUGCCUGUGGAUGCUGGAGCUACCUCCACCAUCCGGAUCUCGUCAGCAGAGGCUACACGCGCUCUCAAAGUGGUCACGACAUCGCAGCUGAAAGAGUUUGCAUGGGGCCUGACUCGAAGCGGGCACGGGUUCUUGUAGGCAGUGCAGCCGGAUCUGUUGUAGGAAAGCGAUACGGCGGCAAUAGUGAAGGAGAUGACGACAAAAGUGGGGGAUCGGGGCGCAGUGGUGGGGUGGUGUGA